CGGUAUAUAUACGGCUUGGCAUGCGACCACAGGCACCUCUGUCCUGCAAGCAUCCGCGAACCAUGAAGCUGAUCUUCCUCGUCUGCCUGGUCGGUGUUGUGGCCGCCUCCCCAGGACCACAGAGCCAGGGCCGCCACCCCGAAUACACUGCCGAGACCCUGGUGGAUGAAAGGGUGGACCAGGGCGAUGGCAACUUCAGGUACCUCUUCGAGACCACCAAUGGCAUCAAGACCGAGAAGAUUGGCACUCCAGGCUCUGAGGGACAGAGCAACAUGCAAGGAAGUUUUAGCUUCCCCUUGACCGAUGGAGGAGUCGCUGAAUUCACUUACGUCGCCGACGAGAACGGCUACCAGCCUUCCUCCGACCUCCUGCCUCCAACUCCUCCUCACGUCUUCAGACUCCUUGAGAUCGCGGCUCAGCAGAGGGCACAGGGAAUCAAAUUCGAAUGAUGAUAUUUCUAACUGAA